AGUAUAAACUGUAAACUUAACUGUAUAAACUCGUAAAUUAGAAAUAGUUCGACAACCCCAUUUAUAUGUUUCUUUUGUAACCAGCUGUAUGCUGAUGAGAUGCUUGGACACAACCAUGAGAUUACAUGAUUUUGAAGUUUUUGGUUACUCUUUUUAACUUUAGCCUUAAAUGUUUUUUGUUUUCUUUCCACAGAGGAUGUCAUGGAGAGAAUAAUGGAUGAUAAGACAGCUACAGAAUGUCGGCGUCUUGUUGGUCACUCUGGCCCUGUGUUUGCUGUCAGUAUAAAUCAUGAUAAUAUGUAUUUAUUAUCAAGUUCUGAAGACAAGACCAUCAGACUCUGGAGUCUUUUUACAUUYACUACACUUGUCUGUUACAAAGGGCACAAUUAUCCUGUGUGGGAUGUUCAAUUCUGUCCACGUGGUCAUUAUUUUGCAUCUGCAUCAUAUGACCGUACAGCUCGUUUAUGGUCAACAGAUUUUCAGCAGCCAUUGAGGAUAUUUGCAGGUCAUGUAUCUGAUGUCAAUAAAGUUGUAUUCCAUCCCAAUUGUAAUUACCUGGCUACAGGGUCUAGUGACCGUACUGUUCGUCUGUGGGAUGUACAGACAGGGACAUCUGUAAGGCUAUUCACAGGACACAAGGGUCCUGUUCAUGCUCUUGCAUUCUCAAGAAGUGGGAGAUACUUAGCUUCCUCUGGUGUCGAUCAACGUAUACUAGUGUGGGACUUAGCYGAGGGCACGCUUACUACAGAGCUGAAAGGGCACAAAGACACCGUCUAUUCWCUAAGUUUCUGUCGAGAUGGAAACAUUCUUGCUUCAGGGGGUGUUGACAACUGUGUUAAACUAUGGAAUGCUAAAGCUAUUUGYAACCCAGAAGAAGAUGAAGAUGACUUAGUUGGAGGGUUGGAUAAAUCUUCUAUUUAUCAGUUAGGCUCCUAUCAAACAAAAAACACACCAAUUCAUUACCUGCACUUUACAUUCAGAAACCUACUGCUUGCUACUGGGCAAUUUAAUUCAGCAUGAUAAAAUUUCUAUCAAAGUUUCCAUGUAAAAAUAAUGUAAAUACAUUGUAUAUACUAUGUCUUGAAAAAGGCCCAAAUACAAAUAAAGAAAGAUUAAUAGAYGUCUAUAAUGCUUAAAUGUCAUUUUGCAAUACUUUAUAAAUUUGGAAACAAAAUGAAGGUAUUGUAUUGGUCACAUCAUUGGUGAUAAAGAAGCAAAGUUUAAAGAAUACCGAAU